GCACGAGCUUCCUAAAAUCAUCAUUAGCAUUGCAAAAAUCGGAAUUCUUAAUUAAUGUGGAUGUGGCUAGUCAUCAUUUUCUCACAUGUAUUUACUUAAUCCAUUAAAAUACAUGCAAUCGUUAAACAUAAGGCCUUAAAAUUGCCAAAAACUUAAAAUUAAUGUCUAAUAAACCAUUCUCUCAUAAUAUUUUAUUUUUCAUGCCUCAAUUCUUAUGCUAAAAUCUCUAGUGUGUCAUAAAUCGCCAUUAUUCCAACAUGUGUUUCUUCGUACGUUAUUCACGUGAAACCCCCGGUGAAUUCCAGGAUUGAUCAUCUUCCUGCCCAGUGGACAUUACAGCCUGCCUACCACGUGGCUGCCCUGGGUGCAUCGUGCCGUCCCGGGUCGUACCGAGCUCGACGUGCUGAGCUGCCACGUGCAAUAUCGCGAGGACUUGACCACCGUGUCAACUGGUUUGGUGCACAGAUUACUUUCUCUAAUUGAUUGUUUGCCCUUUUUUGAAUCGUGCUUAUCACAAACGUACCCCAUUCUCUUACAUACCUAAGUUCGUACCUAGGUACUUAAUUUAAAUUCGAAUCAUGUCUAAAGCGGAUACUGCUGAUAAGUUUGAAGGCGAAGGCUCUUCUAUCGAUUCAAUCGAGUUUCAAAGGCUUAUUAAUCUGCGCCGGUCAAUGAAGGGACGCUUAACUAAAUUCGAAAAUCACAUAACACCUUUAAAAUCUGUGAAACCAGGUGAUCUAAGUAGUAUACAGGUCAAGGAACUAACCAAUCGCCUAAACAAGGUACAGUCUAUGUUCUCUGAGUUCGAUGAGGUAGAAAAUAGGUUAGAAGCUUUGAAUGAUGAUUCUGAUGAACGUGAUGAUAUCGAGGAUAGGUUUUUUUCGUUGAUAUCUCUUGCUCAGGAGUUAGUAGAGUCAUGUUCCAAGUCUGAUUCCAAACAGAGACCGAGUAGUGCUCUUUCACACCGGUCUGGUGGCAGUUGUGACCACCAUGCAAUCAAACUACCUACUAUCAAGCUGCCUACCUUUGACGGGAACUACCUUAAGUGGCUUGAAUUUAGAGACACAUUCGAGUCCAUGAUCAAUCAAAACGAUUCAAUUUCAGAAAUAAAUAAAUUUCAUUAUUUGAGAUCAUCUUUAGAGGGAGGUGCAACUGUAGUCAUAAAGUCAAUUGAGUUCACUUCCAAAAAUUAUAGCUUGGCAUGGAAUCUCUUGUGUGAACGUUACGAUAACAAAAACUGACCGACCAGCGGACAAGCCCGUGACGAAAGUGUCACCACGCCGCUAGGUUUUUAUAGCAGCGCGCGCACGGGCUACAAAAUUGUCACUCAACACGUAGUUCUUCCGCCAUUUGCAUUCGGACCGGCGUCUUUAGCGAACGCAAAAUGGCGUCAUUGUCUACGCAAAAUGUGAAAGUGCACGAAGAGGAUAUCGAUAAUGAUUUACUUAUUGAAGAAGUUGAAAAAAGAUCAUUAAUUUACGAUAAAAAGCUGAAAGAGUAUUCAGAUUCUAAUUUGAAAAUUAAAGCAUGGGAUGAAAUCAGUCGUAUAAUAUUUUCUACAGUUUGGGGUACGUUGUCGUCACAAGAAAAAACUGAAGCUGGUGAGUAUCUUUUUAUUUUUAGUAUUUUACAAAAACGAUGGAAGAAUUUAAGGGCUUGUUUUUCACGUGAGCUACGUGAGCAAAAAUGUACUAAGUCUGGCCAGGCCGCUACAAAAAGAAGAAAGUACAAACACUUUGACCAACUUUUAUUUCUUAUCCCAAGCAUGGAUACCCGAGAAACCUCAGGAAAUGCUGAUUCUGUAGAGGAAAUUGCUUGCGAAGAAGAUAGUCAGGAUGCCAGUGUGGAAGUACUACAGCGAGAAGAAUAUUCCCGAAAGAAAAAUAAGAAUAAAAUAUGUUACGAAGAAAGGCUUCUAGAGAUUUUAAACAACAAAAGAGUUGAUGAUAACAGGUUUAUCGAGACUAUGAGAAAUAACAAAAGUGACUGUAAUGACGAUGACAAGGAAAAGCAUUUUGCGCUGUCUUGGGUGCCGUUGUUAAAAGCAGUCCCGGAGGAGAAAAAACUAGACGUACAGAUCAAAAUUUUACAAAUUUUCCAGGAAGUUCAGAAACAAAACACUCAGAGCAAUAAUUAUCCCCCAUCCACAAUUUAUACAGGUAGUCCUCAAAAUUUCCAAAUCAAGCCCAAAUAUUCUGUUUCUAUACCAUCGCAAAGUCCCCAAGGCCCACUCCACUUAGCAAGAAACACUCCACUGGUUUUAUCUCCUUCUCCUACAUAUAUAGGUUUAAAGAACUUUAUUACUCAUAAGAACUUAAUUAGUUCGCUUACAAUGAGAUACAGUAGGUACUUAAUUCUAAAAUUAUAUAAUAUUAGUCUCUCUAGGGCGUUGGAAACAUUACUGAUUGCAAAUAAUCUUUUAAACCUCCUUUGAAAACAUUCAUAUUUUCGCACAGUUUCAAUUCUUCUGGUAAGUUGUUGAACAACUGUGCUCCUUCGAAUAAUAUUGUUGUUUUUCCGUAAUUAGUCCGCGGUGUUAUAAGUUGAAGUUUAUUUUUUUUCCUCAAGUGGUUGGUAUUUGUUUUUUUAUGUAAUUUUAUAUUCGAUUGGAUGGAAUUUGUUAUAAUUUUCUUUACUAGGAUGCAUGUGUAGUAUAUAUAUAGUUGUCUAAUAUUUAGUAUUUUUGUUUUUUCAUAUAAUAUUUUAGUUGGAGUUAGGUGAUUAUAAUGGAAUAAAACUUUUAUAAUUUUGUUUUGGGUCCUUUGUAAUUUAUUUAGAUUAGUUUUCGCGGCUGAUCCCCAUAUUUCAAUUAAAUAUUCAAGAUUUGAUUUUACUAAAGAGUUGUAUAUAAUA